UUCAAAUUAAGUUAGUACUCCAAAUACGGCUAGCUAGCUGCAAAAUUCAGUGAAAAGCAAGCAGGAUCGAAUAGCACAAUCAAUCGAUCAUGCUGGUCAUGGAGGCAUCGUCGGUGUUCGACGCCUUCGACAAGGACGGGGACGGCAAGGUGUCCGCCUCGGAGCUGCGGUGCGGCCUCGGGUCGACCCUGGGCGAGGACGUCUCGGAGGAGGAUGCGGCGGCGCUCCUCGCUGCAGUGGACGCCAAUGGCGACGGGCUGCUGGACCAAGAAGAGUUCUCGAGGCUAGCCGGCGGCGCCCAGGAAGAGGACGACCUCAUCAAAGGGAGGUGCCUGAUGGAGGCGUUCGGGAUGUACGCGUCGUCAUCGUCGACGAUGAUCACGCCGGCGAGCCUGAGGCGGACGCUGAGCAGGCUUGGGUCGCACGAGCUGGGAGUGGAGGAGUGCAGGGCCAUGAUCUGCAGGUUCGACCUCGACGGCGACGGCGUCCUUUCAUUUGAUGAGUUCAGGGUCAUGAUGAUGGCCUGAUCGAUCGACUCUCACACCUCAUCACAUUUUUGUAUAGUAUAUACGAUGUUCACUCCAUCCAUCACAUAACACAUAUGUACAGUACGGCCAUAUUUCAUUCAUUCAUUGUUUCACUAUCAAGAUAUGAUUCAUUCAUUCAUUGUUUCACUAUCAAGAUCGUUAUUAUGUUAUUGUAAAUUUUGAUA